AUGCGCCCGCUCCGCCUGCUGCUGUCGCUGUCCUCGUGCGUCCUCGCCGUUACCCUCAUCCUCUACAUCGCCAUACCCGCCCGCGACGCCCAUGUUUCCUCGAGCCCGCCCAAGAAGAGCAAGCUGAGCGCUCUCUUCUCCCUCUCCGCCCCCGCUCUGUUCCCGCCUUCGGCCAUCAUCAGCUUGACCGACGACAACUCCACCUUCUUCCUCGCCAGACCUGCUGCGUUUGGCCCUCCGCUGCCGUCCAAGGGCCUCAGCGGUCAACUCUGGACCGGCAGCGGCUUUGGUGGUGACACCCUGACCCAUGGUGGUCUCGCUGCAGGCGUCGACGGCGAGCUUGGCUGCAGUGACGUGCCAGGCUGGGACGAGAGGCGAGGCAGGCUAGCCUCCGUUUCGCACUUCGACAAGGCUUCGCGAACUGCCAAAGACGCAGACGGCUCCAGGCAGGAUCGCCCCCGACGCGGCCUCUUUGGUGGGAAAUCACGCUCCCAACCCGUCCCUAAGCUUGGAGCGAAGCCGCUCGACGAUGACGGCACUGACGACCAUUUCCACCGUGUUCUGACCCACAAAUCCAACGCCCCGUCAUCGGGCAAGGCUGUCUCCGAAACCAGCGACCACGCAGAUAUCCAGUCACUGCAAGAGAGCGCUGAGAUCGCCGGCAAAGUUGUUUUGCUUCGCCGCGGCGGCUGCGGUUUCCUGGAGAAGGUCAAGUGGGCUCAGCGGAGAGGUGGGGUUGCCGUCAUUGUGGGCGACGAUAUCCGUGGUGGCCCUCUGGUCACAAUGUACGCGCGAGGCGACACUUCCAACAUUACGAUACCCGCUUUGUUCACUUCCCACACUACCGCUCAUCUGCUAUCUUCGCUCGUGCCCUCGGGAGGCCUUAUUGAGAACUUACCUGCCGAGGAUUCACUGAAGCUUGGUCUCGGGAAGGCAAGCAAGCCUUCAAAGAGUCCAGCCAGCGGCCCAACAUUUACUUCCACUUCACCGGCUUUUCAGAAGACGGCAGGACGAAUUGCAUCCAAGAAUCUCGCCAAAGACGCGCAAUCCCCCAAUGGAAAAGUUCGGAGUGGUGUGACCACGCGAGAGAAGCACGGCUGGAUCCGCUCGCUUCUUGCCAUCUUUGGCACUGGCUCACGGAAAGAGUCGACUGUGGAAGAAAGUAGAAGACCUCCUAGUAGUGGGAACAUUGAUUGGAUCCUUGUGGAAGAUUGGGAAGACGAAGCGCCGACAAAAGCGAAAACUGCAACUUCUGCCGUGCAGAAGACUGGCUCGACGUCCUUAGCCACACCUGCGGAGUCUGCUGACGAUUUUGUCAUUGGAGUGCAAGACUGGAGGGAUCCCGACUUGCUCCCCCCAAAGACCGAGCUUUUGGCGAACGAGAAUCCAAGUACGCAAUCGACCGCAAAGCAGUCUUCUGGUGCCACAUCCUUAGCUGGUGGCAAUGUGCUUCCCGGAAGCGGAGAGUAUGCCGAGCUUAGCUCUGCCAACGCAAAGUCUAAAGCUGCUUCUUCGGACAGGAAUUCGGCGGCAAAGGAAAGGGAGCAGGACAAGCACGCCGGAUGGUUUAGCAACAUGCCAUGGAAUAAGCAGUCGGACGCAAAAGCAAAGGCUUCCAUACAAGCAUCUCCCGCAUCGUCUGUCAAACCAAAAGUCAGCUUGAAGAGCACUCCAACAUCCACAGAAAUUGCCGCUCAGAGCAAUCUCCCUGGCGCUCAACCUGGUUCUGACAGACAUGAAGGUCUUUGGGUGACUCUGACGCCUACAAGCAUGUCAAACAGUCCCUUUUUUGACACUUUGCUUGUGCUUGUUGUCAGCCCCUUGGUCACUCUGACAGUGGUGGAGCCCGCGGACACCACUGCUGCAAUCAUCGAGUUCGUCUCACGCCAAUACUUCGCGAAGUCGGCCAAGGAGUAG